UCAUCUCAUUUCUAUUAAAGUUAAUUGAAAAGAUACUAAAAAAAAAAUAAACAAUCAUGGUAUUUGUGAAAAGCUUAGAAGAUUUUGAGAUAGCUGCGGAAAAUAUGUAUAUGGCCAAUCCGAUGGCGUGUCGUUAUACCAUGAAAUAUAUUCACAGCAAGGGUCAAAUAUUGCUAAAAAUGACUGAUAAUGCUAAGUGUGUUCAAUUCAAGGCAGAAAAUAUGCCAGAUUUAAAGAAAAUCGAGAAAUUUACAAGUAAUCUUAUGGGACACAUGGCAUCAAAGGAAUAAUAGGAAAUUUAGUCUUAGAUAAGCUUCGCAAAAGGCGUUUGCGAAAGCGGGCGUAAAGUAUUGUAAAUAAUUUUUAAAUCACAAAAAUGUUCGCUUUGUAAAUCAUUUUUUUACUAGUCCAGAGACAAUAAGUGAGAAAUAUGGAUUAUAUGUCUGUCGAACGUGUUUUUUAUACGGUCUGCAACUUUAUAAUUUUUCUUUCCUCGUAACAUUUCCAUGAAAUGCUUAACAUUUUUUAUUUUUUUUGAUUAUAAAAUAAAAUUUAAAUUGUAUAAAAGUCGUAAUUUAUAUACUUAACGUAAAUAUUCUUGAAAAUGUCUUCUUUUAAGUUUGGUUUAGAAAAUACAAGAACAAGUUUGUUGCUCUUACUGUUGUGGAAUGUAA